AUGGGGUUCGCUUCUGCUUCUCGCGAAGAGAAGCUAAAAAUGAUGAAAACGUCGAACACAAAGAAAACUUCAAAAAAAUUAAAUAGAGCUGCUCGGAAAGGAAAACUUUCCAAAGAAAUCCGAGAUUCUAUCAAGUCAAUCAAGCAAAGAAAAUCAAAAGAAGCCACUCAGCGAAUGCUUGACAUCGAGGAUGAUUUCGUCGCUGAUCGUGAAGCACACUAUCACGAAGAUAUAGAGGAGCUACCACUGGAUAUGCUGGAUGCUGAUAUUGAUUGGGAAAACAGUGCCUUCGCGCUCUCGAAGAGGAGAUUGGAAUCAAAAAGAAAAGUAGCUAAUGAUGAAAAUGAUGAAGAUGACUUGGAAGCAAAGAGGAGAAAGUUUGCCGGCCAAUUAGAAGAAGGCCAAGAAGAACUUCUUCCCAUCAAACUGAAAGAUGGAACUUUGAUUCGUCCAACUCGUGAAAAACAAAGAAAAGACAAGAAUGACGAUGAAGAUGAAAAAGAUGACGAUGAUGAUGAAGAAGAAAAUGAACCACAUCAAGAGGACUUCUCUCAUUUAUCAGCGUCGGAACUUUUAGCCAAACGACGUGAAUUGCUUCAAGAUUACAAAAAUACUAUUGCGUCACAUGCCAAUAUGCUUUUGUCAAGUCCGCAAAAUAACAUCACUCGCCUUCGUGAUUUGUACCAUCUAUGUAAUGGCGAAAAAGUCCACUCGUUGGUCCGAGAGCCUGUGCAGAAGCUGGCAAUGGCGAGCACGAUGCAAGUCAUCAUUGAUAUCAUCCCUGGGUACGCGAUUCGUGAACAAACUGCCGAAGAAAAGGCUCAAAAGCAGAAGAAGGAGACUCGAAUGUUGGCUGCGUUUGAAGAGUCGCUUCUCCGAUAUUAUUUGAAAUAUUUGCAGCUUUGCGAAAAAUUAUCGAAUAAACUUGUCGGAAAAGAUAGGCACCAAGAUGAAACGACUUUCACAUUCAAAAUGGGUAUUUUGGCAGUCAAGGCUAUGACUCGCAUCGUAAUUGCCGCACCACAUUUCAAUUUCUCAACAAACAUCAUCUCCAGCUUGGUGAGAUUAUCGCUAGCAAAAAAUGAUACGGUGAUUAAAGAGGUAUGCGAUGCCUUGAAAACCGUUUUCAAAGAAGAUUUGCACCUUCGAAUGACGCUAUUCACGACCCGUUCAAUUUCUUCUUUGGUCACGAAGCGAAAAGGCCGUGUUCCGCCGCAAUUGAUUCAAACGAUGCUCUACAUGAACAUUACUGAAGUAAAAAAUGAGGACAAGAAAUCGGAAAAAGGGAAAAUAAUUGCGAGAAAGUAUCAAUUGAAGAAAGAAAGAGCAAAUAAAACAGCAAAGAGGUAUAAGAAGCAGUUGAAGAAAUUAGAAGCUGAUUUGGAAGAAAUUGAAGCGGAAGAAUCCUUGACGAAGAAAAUGAAGAAUGCGACUGAAGCUAUGAAAUUUGCCUUUCAAGCAUAUUUUUCGAUUUUGAAAAGAAUGCCGAAUAGUGCUCUCCUUGAGCUGGUAUUAGAGGGCCUCAGUAAAUUUGCGCAUUUACUGAGUAUCGAGUUUUUCGAUGACAUCAUUAAUACAAUGGAGAGUCUUGUACAAAAUCAGGGUCUUCGCACUCUCGAUCAGCUUCAUUGUAUUAAUACGGUGUUCGUAAUUCUUUCUGGCGAUGGUCAAAUUCUGAAUGUGGAUCCAUCGAAAUUUUAUAGACUAGCGUAUCGCAUAUUGAACAGUUUGCCGUUUGAAAAGAGACCCCAGCAAAGACUUGCCCAAAUCAUAAUGACUGCGAAAACAUUGGACACAAUGCUUAUUGAUAGGAGGAAAGCGGUGCCAUUAUCUCGAGUUGCAGCUUUUGCCAAGCGACUAUUGUCGGUGGCGACCGUUUUAGAUGAUUAUCCGGCUCUUUGCUUAGUUUCUCUGGUUCGAGUCCUGUUCAUUGCUCAUCCAAAAUUGACAUCAAUGGUUGAAGAUGAAGAAGGUGGCGGUGCUGGUGUUUAUCGUCAGGAUAUUGAUGAUCCCGAUGUUGCAAAUGCGUUGGCUACCGAUGUUCGAAGUGAAUUGUCGAUGCUGGCGAGGAGGCGAAAUCCGGAAUUAUCGCGUUUCGCCAACAAUAUUUUAUAUGGAGUUCCAUCCACGGGAAUUUUCAAGCUUAAUCCGCAGUUGAGCUCGUUAAAACCAUGGGUUCUGAUCAAUCAGUUAAUGGAAAACUCGUCGUAUGAGAAAGUUGACACUAAGUAUCUUGAUGAUCUCGAAAAAGCGGCCAAGAAGCGAAACACUGAAUUGACACCGAAAAAUAUUAAUUUCUACAUUUCGAAUUGGGUAAAUGCCGCUUCCAGAUGA